AUGCGCGCCUUCACUAUCGUUUCUGCUUUGAUUGCUGUGGCUGUCUCUGGCGUCCUCGCUACUCCUGGAGAGGCCGUUGCUUCACUUUUCCCUCGCCAGGGCUCUGCCAUCCCCGAUAUUCCAGCUCAGUGCCAGGCCAAGUGUGCGUCAGUACAAAAGAUUACUUCUUGCGGUACCGAUCUGGCUUGCAUGUGCACCAACGAAAUGGGGCAAGGAAUUGUCGACUGUGGUAACUGUGGAAUCGACUACCACAAGAACCAACCUGAUAUCAACAACUACAAGGCUCAAUUCCAAGCUUCCGUCAACUCUUACGCCGAUAGCUGCACUCAAGCAGGACACCCAGUUGGUCCCUUCUCGAUUACUGGAGUUACCGGCUCUGGCGGAGCUCUACCACUACUGGCACCGGGGCUGGAUCUACCCCAACUGGCUCCAGUGCCAAUGGUGCUCUUACUUUCAAUGCAGCUGCAGGUUCGGGUGCCCUUGCGGCCAUGGCUGUUGUCAUGA